AAAUUUUAUUGUAUAAGAAAGUAUUUAAUUUCAGUAGUAUAUUGAUAUAAAUACUUCCACAAUGGUAUGUUUUUAACAUUGGCAACAUGUGCGAGUGAGACACCGCGCCCCACUUUUGCUAUCUCAAGUGGACCGUUUUCUCUAGUCUGGUAAGAACACCUUUCUGCCUCCGUGAUAAGGUUCAAUUUACUAUGACAAAAAAAGUUAGAAUGUGUUCCAUUUUAUAUCCCCAUGGGCAGAAGCAGGCUUGCCUCUACCUUCCAUAGUAUGAAGGAAAAAAGUUGUCAACUUGUCGACCGUCGGCUUAAUGACUGCCGAUGAUCGGAUAAAAGGAGGGUAGGGACAGAGACGCACGUAGUUGACCACAAAGUUACACGUUUUCAAGAAACUUUCUGGUUAAUUAUCUCAAUAAAAAUGUAGUAUCAAAUUUUAAUAUCAAAAAGAGAAAACACGUGUACUUUUUAUUAUUUUUGGCGCAUUUUCUUAUGUUUAAAUUUGGUCAAUAAAAUAAGGUCACGGUUUAUAAUCGUUGUUUCGACCAAACUUUGUUUCAUAAACUUCUUACAUGCAGAUGAUGCUCAUAACGUCUCUAUUACUCGUAUGAUAACGUCAAUGUCAAGUACAAUUAUAUAUUUGUUGAAAAAACGCUUUAGUGCCAGAACAGUAUAGAAAAUAUGUAGAAAUACAUACUUUGCAAAGUUUGGUAAUUUAAUGCCCGUGAAUGUAUCUGUAUAUCCUUGUAUAUUUCUCAGUAAUUCUACAAACAUGUGAGGCAGAGCGAAUUAUAAUGACUUUAAAAUACUCUUCGCAUCGUGUGAAGCACGUAAUAGUAAACGGAGAACCAGUCCCCCGCGGCGUGGUUACUUACAUCGUAUCCAUCAAGGCAGGCCGACGAAUAAACCACGAAUACUUAUAUAAGAACUUAUGCGGAGGAAGCAUCAUUAACAGGGAAAAGGUCCUCACAGCCGCCCACUGCUUCGAACGUAACAACUUCGAGUACGUAAAAGAUCCAUCACCACUGGCAGUGGUCGCAGGUGAUCUUAGAAAUGUCAUCAAGAUAAACAAAUUCACUUCAAACAAAACAACGCAGUGGAGAAAGAUCAGUAAGGUUAUUAUACAUCCAUACUUUAACUUUCCUUUGGAUGACAUAGCGGUGGUAUAUGUGAACUCGUUUUGGGAUUUCUCAAAAUAUAUUGAACCUGUUAAAAUCGCCAGGCUUCCAACAGAUUACCCCGAUACGUGUUACGCAGCGGGUUACGGAAGAACUUCGCACGGCGCACAAAGCAAGAGAUCGGAAGUGCUUCUUAGAGCUAAAAUUCUCGUAAUACCGAGAACCAAAUGUACCGAAAUUUGGGAAGUACCAAUGGAUGAAUUUGUUUGUACCAGCUCGGUGAAUGCUGACGUGGCAGUAGGAGAUUCAGGAGGGCCCUUGGUUUGCCGAGGUACCUCGGAUCCGGAGGAAGAACCUGGCAAGGAGCUACUAGUAGGGGUAACCAGUGGUAAAAAUUUUGAUUAUACUAGUAUUUUUAUGAGAGUAUCUGCUUACGCGGACUGGAUUGACAACAUGAAUCAAGGAUGUUGCUUGAAGAACUGGUGUCUUUUCUCCUACAUAUUUUUCUUGCUUUUAAAUAUAUAGUUUCCGUUAA